UUAUUUACUAACGAGUUUACAAAUUUAAUCUAAUUCUUUACCGUGUACUUCAAGCACAAUUUCACAUAUUUGUGCCUCGGUUUCACAUACACUCUCAGACGCAAAAUGACAAUAUCGCCGUCACAUGGUAGCCAACCCAACGGCAUGGAAAAGCUUCACUUUUCACUGGAAGCUGGAAUAUUCUCCAAAGCGUCUCGCCUGGGCCGUGGGUGAGGUGAACUUAUCCGCGAGAGAUAGUGCAAAAGUACAAAGUAUUUGUGUAAUUCCAAAAGCCCUCCGCUCAUCAAAAUACCCAUAUUUUCUAGUAUUUUUUAUGUCAAGCAUUUCUGUGUUAAAUCGCCGGCGGAGUAUUCAGUGUUUCUGUCUGUGAGAUUACUCUCCCGGCGGAGAUAAGCGAAAAAAAAUCAACAGAGGCUCUCAGUGUUAUCAGUGAAAAUUCCACCUUCGGCAGAAAAGCGGCACGUUGACCAAAAAAAUGGUUGAAAUAUUCGCUAUUGGGUGUCGACCAGCACUGUCAAAAUUUUGCACAUUCACAUCCGGGAGUUGCUUUGAGCUGUGAAAAUAAGUGAUAAGAAAAAUCGUGACUGUAAGACUUAGUACAAAAUGAAGAGACUCAUCGAUGUGGAAGACAGUCAAGAAACUGACGAAGCGUGCGAGCCCGCCCAGGAACCGAACGCGAUCAACUCCAACUUAGCACUAGACGUACUAGACGAUGAUUGCCUGCUUUCCAUAUUUUCCCACCUGAAUGUCCUGCAUUUGAUAGAGUUGGAGAAGGUUUGCAGACGAUUUAAGGCUCUCGCUCAGAGAAUGUACAAAAUUCAGCGUGUAUUGGACUACGAAGAACUCUCGGAUCAGAAGUCCAAAGAGACAGUGCAAGUUCGGAUAGUGCUGAGGGAAGUGAGGAACAUCUCAGCGAGGUUAGGCCCGUAUGUUCGCACCCUUAAAGCCCAAACCUGCUCAUUUUACAACAUCGAUUGCAUUCUAAGCGAUAUCCUCAAGGGCUUUAGUAACUUGGAGAACUUACACCUCAAUAUGUUUGACAUCACCCAAGUGAGCUUUGCGAUGUUAUCUGAGAUGUUCGCAAAACUUAAAGUGAUCGAGCUCGAGAACUGUAGAUUUUCAGGCAGAAUGGAGAGAAUUAAGGCAUGUCUGCAACAUGCAACACAAUUGGAGAUUCUGAAUCUAUCUGGUAACGAUAGCAUAUCCGGAUACUGUUUGACUGAUUUGCGAAACAUUAAGGAGAUCAACCUGAGCUCUUGCUUUGCUAUCGAGUUAUUCCACUUCACACAAUUCUGCCAAAACAAUCCGGGACUGAAGCGGCUCAACAUCAGCUAUAGCUGUCUUACCAAUGGAGCCACUUUGCGCGUGGUGGCGAAUCACCUGCAGAGCAUAGAGAGUCUCAUAGUAAGGUACAACCAUGAGCCUAGGACUCCCAUUGACUACAACAUCCUGAGAAAUCUGCGGUGCUUAAAGGUUUUGGAGCUGGACGUUGCCCCCGACAACUUCACAUUCGACACUUGCCUGGCAAGACUGGCCGUUUGGAAUGCAUUGCAGCACGUCGCCAUUUAUUCUGGUCCCUUCACGCAAAACACUUUGCACUCGCUGUGCUCCCUCAGAGAGUUAAGGGUGCUGAAGCUCCCGCACAAUAGGAAUUUGAGUGACGAGAAUCUAAUUCAAAUGUCAUUCGCUAAAAACUUCCAUGGCCUUCAAGAACUGCAUAUAAAUCAUUGCGAUCAUAUCACCAAUAGAGGCAUAGUUGAGGUCAUUAGAAGGUGCCGAGACCUAAGACGUUUAAAACUGUAUGGAGAGAAUAUUACAAAUAAUCUCAUCAGCCAGAUCUUACCGAUCUUACAGGACAGACCAGCGACGUUGGAAGUCGUUGCGCUUUGGAAGAUGAUCCCAUCAAAAAUCCGUGAUCAGAUUCGCGGGAACCCCAAAAUAAAAUUGUAUUAUUUGUCAGAAGAUGGAAUGUUCAUUUUACUUUAAUAUUGAAUUUCAGUAAUGAUUGGAUAAACUUAUAAAAAUUGUGCAGAAUAAAACACUUAAAAGUGUGUGAAAA